UACAUAUAUAUAAAAUGAUUUGACCUUCCUGCUUUACAGUUGGUUUUGAUACUUUGUAUGGUUUGUGUGUAAACAACAUCGAGAUCUAUUAUUUGGAAUAUUAUAGUUCCUGUUUGAUUUUUAUAUUAUUAUUACUUAAAUUUGUAUAAGUCCCGCCAUGGUGCUUUCUUUAGAAAGAUUUGUUGGUAAAGUAGCUGUAGUUACCGGAGCAUCUGCAGGAAUAGGCAAGGCCAUAGUCGAAGAACUGGUCAAGAAUGGAAUUAUUGUGGCAGGUUUGGCUCGUAGAACAGAUCGUUUGCAUGAGCUUUCCCAAGCACUUAGCAAAGAAAAAGGCAAAUUACAUGGAUUCAAAUGUGAUAUGACCAAAGAAGCUGAAAUCAAAUCAACAAUUCAGGAAGUAAUUAAGAAAUUAGGAAAUAUUCAUAUUCUAGUGAAUAAUGCUGGUUUGAUGCAGUCCACAGAUCUAAUUAAUGGAGAUACAGAAAAAUGGAAGACUACUAUUGAUACUAAUAUAUUGGGACUCCUAAUCGCCACAAGAGAGGUAGUACAAAACAUGAAAGCAAAUAACAUCGAAGGACACAUCGUACAUAUAAACAGCAUUCUCGGACAUACAGUAGCUGAUUUCCCAAAUGUUAACGUAUAUGGUGCGACGAAAUAUGCCGUUACAGCCCUGGCAGAGACCCUGAGGUUGGACUUAAGAAGAGAAAAGUUAAAAAUUAAAGUCACAAGUAUCAGUCCUGGAUAUGUGAAAACAGAAUUCCAAAAAGUGGCUGGACUUGGUGAUAUAGAUUUACCUAUACCAGCUAUUUAUGGUCCAGAUGUGGCUGAAGCAGUUAUUUACGCAUUGUCUACAGCACCACACAUAAAUGUUACCGAACUUACAGUCCAAGCUGUGGGAAGCUAGAGAGCACUUGAUAAGAACCAAAAAACCACAUCAACAUUACUCAUAUCAUUGUCAAAAUUUUUGCACCUAAGCCUUGUAAGAUAACCCGAAUAAAUUCUAUUGGAACAUUAUAAUA